AUGGCGCACACUGGGGCAGGCACCCAACAAGAUCCCUAUGUCAUCGAAGACGACGACAUCCUCUUCGAGGCGCUGGCGCCUCUCAAAUCGCUUCCACCUGCCAACAGCCCCCAAGCUCGCGGCGUCUCUCCUGGCGGCACCCACUCCACCUCAUCUCCUGGAGUCAUCUCAGCCCGUGCGCUCCCAAACUCUGGCGCUGUGCUCGAUAUGCGUGAGCCAUGUCGCCAGCUUUUCGACCUCCCGCAGGAAAUGGUGGACAUGAUCUUCAACUUCGCAUACCCGACUGUCGAAAACUUCCGCAUCAAAAGCUUCAGGCGGUGGGAGUCAGAUCAUAAAUUCGCCAAAGAGAUCUCUCAAGCAUUCCGAAACUCUCACAAGUCCUCCAUCAAGGCAUAUCCAGGCCACAAAAUCAACGACUUCCUCGGUGUCAAUAAAGCAUUCUUCUACGCAGCAGCAUCGGCAUAUAUUCGCAACCAGACCUGGGAACUCUCAGCCGUAGCAGACGCUGUCAAAAUUCUCGACUUCUCGUGCACAACCCUGGUCUCCAGACCCUCAUUCCUGUCCCGACAUAUCGAAACGCUCACGGUGUGUCACGCCACAUCAGACCUCGUUGUGCGACAGAGUGGUACAGAUGCAUUUCCCGCUUUGAAAAGCAUCGAAUACCGUCCCGGCACAUACACCGUGCAACUAAACGGAGCGCGUGCGGUUAGAGACAUUUUCACCGACGAAGAACUCGCCGCGACCAUGGCGUUCCAAACUUUGAAAAAAGUCCGAGGCCUCACCAAAUUCUCUGUCAUCGCCGACGCACCUCCUCCUUGGCAGGAUGCCGUGGUUUCAGGGGUCUGGGAAGCGAAUAUGAGGAGAAUGGAAGUCCUGCUUCGGCCGAUUGUCACGCAGCCGAAAGUUAUGACGAGGCAGAUGGCUUCUUCCGAUGUCGUCACGCUUGGAUGCUGUCAGCCUUCCGACCUGGCUAUUCUGGGCACGCUGAUGAGGAAGGAGAGCCCGAGGAAGGCAGGGGAACAGUUUCGUGAGGAUGUUCUUGAGCGUACGGAUGCUGUGGUUGUGGAUGCGUUUAUCAAGGAUCCGGCUGGUUUUGUUGCUUGGGCGAGGGAGGUGAAGCGGGCGAAGGAUACCAAGUCGGCGGCAAUGUCAGGUUGA